AAUUCACUCCACAGAGAUUAGACAGAAUUGUCUCUUAGAAGGAACCAACUUCUCGCCAUUGGCAGCUGGUAUUAUUUACUGACCAAAAAAGAGCUUGGAGCACUUUUCCUUUGGAGUAGUCUCAAAGAAGAUGGCAGAGAAACAGAUCAGUUUGCCUGCAAAGCUCAUCAAUGGAGGAGCUGCUGGAAUCAUUGGAGUUACUUGUAUAUUUCCAAUUGACCUAAUUAAAACUAGGUUACAGAAUCAGAGGACCGGGCAGCAAAUUUACAAAAGCAUGUUGGAUUGUCUAAUUAAAACACUACAUUCAGAAGGCUAUUUUGGAAUGUAUAGAGGUGCCGCUGUAAAUUUGACCCUUGUAACACCCGAGAAGGCAAUCAAACUAGCUGCUAAUGACUAUUUUAGGCAUCUCUUGGCCAAGGAUGGAAGGACCCUGUCAUUAGCUAAGGAGAUGAUGGCAGGCUGUGGUGCUGGAACCUGCCAAGUUAUCAUCACCACUCCUAUGGAGAUGCUGAAAAUCCAGAUGCAGGAUGCAGGGAGGCUAGCAUCGCAACAGCUUGUGAGCAGAGUUCACUGUUCGGUUCCUGGAUGCAAGGUUGUAGCUGUGAGCCCUGUUCUGACCAGAGCAUACAACGUGGGACCUGUGGUUCUUCCAAGGAGGAUAUCUGCAACACAGAUAGCAGUUGAGCUUCUACAUGCACAGGGCAUUAAAGGACUCUAUAAGGGUCUUGGAGCCACCUUGCUGAGGGAUGUCCCAUUUUCCAUCAUCUACUUCCCACUGUUUGCUCAUCUGAACAGAGCAAAACAGGAUUCCUUAGAGGAGAGGGCCCCUUUCUAUCGUUCUUUUCUGGCUGGCUGCAUGGCUGGCUCAGUGGCAGCCGUAUCAGUCAAUCCUUGUGAUGUAAUAAAAACUCGUCUUCAGUCAAUGGGCAAGGGAAGAAAUGAGGAGAACUAUAAUGGAAUUAGAGAUUGUGCAAGGAAGAUUUGGAUGAACGAGGGUCCCUUAGCCUUUCUAAAGGGAGCUGGCUGCAGAGCACUAGUUAUUGCUCCUCUCUUUGGUAUAGCCCAAGGUAUUUAUUUUAUCGGCGUUGGAGAAUUUCUCAUUGAGCUGUGCCAGUAUGGAGGACUUUCCCCUUAGACCUGCCUUCUCAUUCUCUGGACCUACUGGAAUAGAAUCGACAAGGACCACCAGCAGACAACUUACAAG